GUACACUUGGCCCUGCAACCUUACCGGCGAGUCCAUUCGCAUACAACUCCUCCGCUCCGGACAUCUGUCUCGUCAGUCCACAAAGGUGUUGUGGCCGCACGGGUCUUCCCUCGCUUUUGAUUAUAUCAGUCUCUCCUUUCCCUUCUCGAUCAACCUACAAGGUGUCUGCCCAGUUACCUGUUUUGUUUCCCGCGCCCCUCCACUUGUAUCGACCAUUUUUUGUUUUCGUUUUUGUGGGAGCUCCUCGGUAUAUGUACCGCGCCACUAUCUAGUGCCCGCAAAGCAACACCCAUCACCGACAGAGAUAGGCCUAUCGUUUCGUGUGGUCCACACACUAGCCCUAUUCAUCUUCUCUGGAGGGAGAGGAGCGAGGAGAAACAGGCCCCGAGGCUGAGAAGGAAAGCCGCAUCAAACCGAAUCAGCAGCUCGCCGCGCAAGGCAUGCACCCAUGUCAACCACAUACUCAGUAACAAUGGCAGAGCUGAAGGAGCCGCCACACGGAAACAUGUGGGCGCCCAACUACGCAACCCCGGUCCACAUGCAGACGAGCCGCUUUGCCCACCACGGCGUGGACUCCAGCAGCAUGUCCAGCCCGGCCGCCGCGGCACCUCCAUACCAACAGGCGCAGCACCAUCCGGCGGCACGGCCUCGAAACCCCAGCAUGGAAGCACACCAGUACCCUUACAGCCGGUACUCGCAAGAGGAGGCGGACGCAUACGACAGACAGCAGCAUCACCAGGCCCACCCGCAGCACUCCCUAACAUCGCACCACAGCUACCCAAACCUCAAGAGGCCGUACUCGCACACGGAGCAGGCGCCCUACACGGAGAUGGUGCAGGACCUGCGGGAUGAUGGCUCCAAGCUGAGCGUUAGCCACGACCAGAAGCUGCUGUCAUUCAAGCGCGUGCCUGAGAAGAACACCAUCCUCGACCAGCACGGUCGCGUCCAGGUCCUCGACAUGUCGGCACAGCUUCACGGCAUGUUCUUCCUGUCCGAGAUGCCGUCGAGCUCGCCCGACGGCUCGGUCCUCCAGCCCGAGCUGACCUGCUACCGCCGCAACCUUUUCCAAAUCAGCGGCUCCCUCUGGACGCCCAAGGGCCAGCUGUCGGUUGUGACCGAGACGGGCGAGACUGUGCCUGUCAGCAGCACCGAGGUGACCAUCUCGGCCAUCGAGUCCGUCGACGGCCACUCGGUCCGCCUCAUCGUGAUCCCUUGGAAGACCCCGCCGCCGAACUCGCCCGAGCUCAACCCUGGCCCCGACCAGGAGCCGACUUCGCUUCCGCUGAUCCCCUUCGGCGACGAGGGGCACCCUGAAUCAGCAGGAGAGUGUGCCGUCUACCCCAUCGGGUGGCGACGCCUUCAGUUCAGAAUCGCAACCGCGAACAACGGGAGGAGAAAGGAGCUGCAGCAGCACUUUGUUCUGCAUCUCAAGGUGAUUGCCACGCUGACCAAUGGCAACAAGGCGGUGCUGGCUGAGUCGACGACAGCCCCCAUCGUGGUGCGAGGCAGGAGCCCCCGCAACUUCCAGGCGCGCAAGGAGAUCCCAUUGUUGGGCUCGAGUGCCGGCUCGCGCGGCCAGGCGCUCGUGGAGACGGGCAUGGGCAUUGUGGCCGGGCCUCUCACAAUGAAGCCCUCGGACAAGUCGAGGUCGCUCACCAUGGACCUGCCACGAACCGCAUUCACCUUCACCGCUGGUGGUCCCAAGAUGCCACCCAGCCCAAUGACAAUGCGAUCCAACUCCUACCCCGCGUCGUGGAACCCGACACAUGUGCCGCAUGGACAAGGGGCCUACCCGGCGACUACCAUGUCCGCCGCCGACUCUUACCCGCAUAAGCUCCCGCUCUCGGGAGCCAACAGCUUCACGACGGAGCCACAGGAUAUGGGCCAACAAACGUCCGUGCCCGCCAUGCAGCUCUCGCUCGCAGCCCCAGACCACCAACAGCCACCCAUCCGCACACAAUACGCGUACGUCCCCUCAGGGACGUCAGCCCCGCCUCAGCUCUCCAUCUCGACAACAGCCGACAACCUCAGCGUCCCGCGUUACGUCGACAGCAACCCGAGGCCAGCCAAGAGCCCAAGGCAUGGGAGCCACCAGUCCAUAGGAUCCGUGGCCCACACCGAGCCGUCGCCUGAGUACAGGUAUGGCCCGCCCGCGCCGUACGGCAGCGUCAGCAGCAACGGCGCCGACAUCAGCCCUCACACCCAACACCCGCCCACCCCUUAUUCUCAGGCGGGCGUUGGAGGCACCGGCUCGGGCGCAGGGACACCCUCUCUCCCCCACGUGUCCUCGGCGGCCGGCGGCCAGGCGUCCACCGUGUCGGCGGGCCCUCACAGCGGGCCCGGGUCGAACCCGACAUCGGCCUCUGCCGUGAACCAGACGAACAGGGAUUACUUCCCGCCAACCACCUCGUGGACGACGACCGCGGGCGAGGCCCCCGCCACCGUCUCGUACGCCAACGGCGACAGCUCAAGGCCGUACGCCUACCCAGACUACAAGCCCGGCCCAUCGCCGGGCAUUCUCAAGACCGAAUCCCAGUCGCAGGCUCAGCACGCCGCCCCUCCCCCGCCGCCAUACUCGGCAACGGCAAGGGGGUCCUUCGACGGGAUGAACCACUACUCGUGGAACGCCACAUAAAUUGUGCCUUCACGACCCUAAUCCGCCGGUUCAAAUCGCCUGCCUGUCCAACGUGGUCAAUGCGACGACGGGGACAGAGUGUAAUAUAGUAGUACGACAUCAGUUUUUUACACCCCACCUGUGCGCGGCCGCAUCGUCUCACCUUCGUUCUUUGCUCGACAAAUUUUAUUUUUUUCAUUUGGACGACUUACCGGACCGCUUCACACCUUCAAUGUCUCCUAUAGUCUUCUGAUCUGGCGCUCAUCAUUGUUCCUGCGUUGCUUUUUUUGUCCUUCGGACGUUGGUCCCCGGCCAUGGACUCACACCUACUUCUUCGACCAGCACACUUUUUUUUUCAUCCUCUGUUCAAUCACCUCUUCUUCACCUGACCCAAAAAGUCAAACCAAUAUUCAAAAGGACCACGGACAUCGGGGCCUGUGGGAUGUAACACAUACGGGCUAUUUGGGACAUACCAGUGAUGUCUUCCUGGACGCAUUUUGUUUUGUUUCAGCAUGGCGGAAGAGGGGGGGUCUUCUUGGGGACGGCAAGGGAUGUGGCCAUUAUGGGCAUAGGGGGAGGAUGGUUGAUUGGGAAGUGGGAGGCUUUUCAUGUGCGGAUUAUUGUUCUUAUACCCCCUUUUUUCCACCGACAUCUUGAUCAACUUUUGUUAUUUCAAAUCACUCGAAGGCAUGGCCCCUCGUGGCUUCAUUGUUUCUUUCUUGGUUCAAGGGGGCGCACGGUAUGGCUAGUCAUCUCGCCCCUGGCCUCGAUUCCAUUAUCUUUCCCAAUCCAAACACACGCGCCCCAGGCGGCAUGGCACAGUCACAUCACCCAGGCUUGAACGGGGAGGUCUUUUGUACAGGAGCGGAAGGGCCAUGUGUGGCCAAGCAAUGUCUGCCCUUUGUGGGCUCUAUCGCGCUGGGGAGGCUGUGUAGAGAGACAACGAGGGAUCAUACAUAAGCACGAUAGCAUGAAUAAUAAUGAUAAUGGAACGGAGGUUGGCAAACCACGCUGCACG